GUCGCCAUGUCCAGAGCCAGACUUGCUUCAGCUUCCACACUUGCAGAGAGAGAGCCCCGCGCGGUGAGCUGCUUCCCGAUCCUCCUCGCGAAAGAAGAAGCCCCUCGGAACCUCCCCCCUGAUGGCGACGGGAACCGCCGCGACCUCCGCCGCCGCGCCGGCGAAGCAGCUGUCGCAGAAGGAGGCCGACAUCCAGCUGAUGCUGGCCGCGGAGGUCCACCUCGGCACCAAGAACUGCGACUUCCAGAUGGAGCGCUACGUCUUCAAGCGCCGCAACGACGGUAUAUACAUUAUCAAUCUUGGUAAAACAUGGGAGAAACUUCAGCUGGCUGCUAGAGUCAUCGUGGCAAUUGAGAACCCACAGGAUAUCAUUGUUCAGUCUGCUCGACCAUAUGGUCAGCGGGCCAUUUUGAAGUUUGCGCAAUAUACGGGUGCUCAAGCAAUUGCUGGAAGGCACACUCCCGGAACAUUCACUAACCAGCUCCAGACCUCAUUUUGUGAGCCUCGUCUGCUCAUUCUCACCGAUCCAAGAACUGAUCACCAGCCAAUCAAGGAAUCAGCUCUUGGAAACAUUCCAACUAUUGCUUUCUGUGAUACUGAUUCACCGAUGCGAUAUGUGGAUAUUGGCAUCCCUGCUAAUAACAAGGGAAAACACAGCAUCGGAUGUCUCUUUUGGCUGUUGGCGAGGAUGGUCUUACAGAUGCGUGGCACCAUUCCGCUGGGUCAUAAGUGGGAUGUGAUGGUGGAUUUAUUUUUCUAUAGAGAGCCAGAGGAGACUAAGCAACAGGAGGAAGAGGACGCUGUCGCCCCAGCUGAAUAUGGACUACCAGAUUACUCUGGUGGUGACCAAUGGACUUCUCAAAUCCCCGAUGCUUCAUGGGCCGGUGAAGCUGCUACCCCAGGUGUGGUCGCCAUGCCAGCUGCAACCUGGGCACCAGAGCAAGGCGCCGCAGUGGCAGUUGAUGGAUGGGAUGUUGUGGCUGCACCAGUAGGUGCAACGCCUGCUGUACCGGCACCGGCACCGGCACCAGCACCAGCACCGGCAAAUGAUGCUGGCUGGGAAUAACGUGUGAUCUGUCUUUCCUCAUUUUUGUAGACGUCACUCAUUUGAGAAUUUUUCUUUUUUAUGGAGGGCACCAUUCAACUAUACCAGUGCUCUGGAUAUCAAUGGAUGUUUUUGAGUCAGAAUUUAUUUCUGUUCUUUAAUGAAGUCAGACAAUGUAGUCGUAAGGAUAUUUGAACGCACAGAUGAACUUAAUGGAAUGAUAAUUUGUGGAA